AUGCAAUUUGUCAUUCCUUUCCUUCUAGGCCUGAGCUGGCUCGCCAACGCUGCCUACAUCCCUGCCCUGAGGACCAAAAGCACUGAGAUUGUAUCUCGUGAUGCUGGAGAGUACCGCUCGGUGGCAUACUUUGUGAACUGGGCCAUCUACGGUCGUAACUUCCAACCCCAGGAUCUUCCCGCUGAGCGACUGACUCAUGUGCUUUAUGCAUUUGCCAACCUCCACCCUGACACAGGCGAGGUCUACCUGUCGGACCCCUGGGCAGACAUUGACAAGCACUAUGCCAAUGAUUCCUGGAAUGAUUCCGGAGACAAUGUCUAUGGCUGUGUCAAGCAGCUGUUCUUACUCAAGAAGAGCAACAAGAAGCUCAAGGUCCUUCUGUCGAUUGGAGGAUGGACCUAUUCUCCCAGCUUUGCAACUGCCUUUGACACCGAGGAUGGACGGCAGAAGUUUGCUGAUUCUGCCACGGAUCUGCUGAAGAACUUGGGAUUCGACGGUAUUGAUGUUGAUUAUGAGUACCCUGCUACCGAUGAUCAGGCGGACAAAUUUGUCGAUGCACUCCGACGACUUCGUGAGGCUUUGGAUUCCUACGGCUCUAGUGACGCCGGAAACUAUCAUUUCCUGCUUACUGCCGCAUCUCCUGCUGGCCCACUCCACUACCGUCAGGAACGUCUGAAAGAGAUGGACCAGUACCUUGAUUUCUGGAACCUCAUGGCCUACGAUUACUCCGGUAGCUGGGACACAGUUGCCGGUCAUAACGCCAACCUCCACGCCUCGACCGACGACCCGGCCAGCACGCCAUUUAACACGGACCAAGCCCUCGACUAUUACAUCGGGGAAGGCGUAGCUGCAAACAAGAUUGUGCUGGGAAUGCCACUGUAUGGUCGAGCGUUUACCAAUACCGACGGCCCGGGAAAGCCAUACAAUGGCGUUGGAUCAGGCACAUGGGAGAAUGGCAUUUGGGACUACAAGGGCCUGCCUUUGCCCGACUGUAACGUGACAGACUUGGGUCAAAUAGGUGCAAGCUACUGCUACAACCAGGACAGCCGACUGUUCAUCAGCUACGACACGCCCGAGAUUGCGCGCAUCAAGGCGCAGUACAUCCAGUCCCGCGGACUGGGCGGUGGAAUGUGGUGGGAGAGCAGCUCUGAUAAGACUGGCGAGGACAGUUUGAUUACAACUGUUGUGGAUACACUUGGAGGUGUCGACGCUUUGGAGCAGAGCAGCAAUCAGCUGCAGUACCCUGACUCCAAGUACGUUAACUUGAAGAACGGUUUCGAUUAG